ACACCCUACAGAAGAAGAAGAAGCAGUCUGGGAGGGCAGCGACACCAGACCCAGAUCCAGAUCCAGAGGAGACUCCCUGACGGAGACUCUAAGGAGACUCUGUGAAGUCCGUCAUGAUGAUCCGGACUCUGAGCACGGCCUCGGCUCGAGCUGUCGGAGCUGCGCAGAAAAAACUGCUAAUAAAGGACACACGAAGAAGACACCUGCACAGCACGUGUGACGUGGCGGUGGUGGGCGGCGGCAUUGUUGGGCUGGCCACAGUCAGAGAGCUCAUCCUGAGACACCCAACCCUCAGCUUCGUCCUGCUGGAGAAGGAGAAGGAGCUCGCCUUUCAUCAGAGCGGACACAACAGUGGCGUCAUCCACAGCGGGAUCUACUACACGCCGGGCUCUCUGAAGGCUCGUCUGUGUGUGCGAGGAGCCACGUUAGCGUACGAGUACUGUGAGAAGAAAGGACUGCCCUACAAGCGAUGUGGGAAGCUGAUCGUGGCGUUGGAGCAGGAGGAGAUCCCACGGCUGAAGGCGCUGUAUGAGCGCGGCAUGAAGAACAACGUGCGAGACCUGAGUAUCGUGGACGCUAAGGGGAUCCGAGAGCGAGAGCCAUACUGCAGGGGGAUCAUGGCGUUGGAUUCUCCGUACACCGGCAUCGUGGACUGGAGGAUGGUGGCGCUCAGAUACGGCAGAGACUUUGAGGAGGCGGGCGGCACGGUGCUCACGGACUCUGAGGUCAACAACAUCGCCGCGGUCAACGAGAGCCCGUCUGGGAGCGCCGAGGGAAUGAAAUAUCCGCUCGCCAUCAGAGACACGAAGGGCAGAGAGGUGCACUGUCAGUACGUCCUGACCUGCGGAGGCCUGUACUCAGACCGCCUCUCUCAGAUGUCAGGAUGCAGCGGUGAGCCGAGGAUCGUCCCCUUCAGAGGAGAUUAUUUAGUCCUGAAGCCCGAGAAACACCACCUGGUCAAAGGAAACAUCUACCCAGUUCCUGACCCUCGUUUCCCGUUCCUCGGCGUUCACUUCACCCCACGGAUGGACGGGAGCGUGUGGCUCGGCCCGAACGCCGUCCUGGCCUUCAAAAGAGAAGGUUACAAAGUGUACGACUUCAACGCCCGAGAUUUUGCGGACGCCCUCUCGUUCAGAGGUCUCCAGAAGUUGGUGAUGAGAAACUUGACGUACGGAAUCGGAGAAAUGUAUCGAGGAGUUUUUAUUGGAGCUCAGGUGAAAAUCCUGCAGAAGUACAUCCCUGACCUGAGUCUGGGAGACGUGCUCAGGGGUCCUGCAGGUGUUCGGGCUCAGGCGCUCGAUCGAGACGGGAACCUGGUGGACGACUUUGUGUUUGAUGGCGGAGUCGGGGACGUGGGCAGUCGGGUUCUCCACGUGCGUAACGCCCCCUCGCCAGCAGCCACCUCCUCCCUCGCCAUCGCUGAGAUGAUUGCAGACGAGGUGGAGAGCCGCUUCACGCUGUAGAGACAGCGUGGAAGGAAAACCCAAUACGAUCAAUCCUGAACAUCAGAAUAUCACUACCUCCACUCACCGUCAGCAACGAGCCGUUUCUUAAAGGACAGGUCAGAGGUCAAGCCUACAGGUCAGAGGUCAAACCUUAAUUUAGGGGGAAACUCACUUCAACAGAUCUUUCCUCACCAUGUUUCAAGUCUGGAGGCAGAGAGCAUGACAAUAGAAUAACAUGAGCUUUUAUUGUGACGGGGGGUGGAAGUGCGGUAAGGAUGAGCUUUCAUUGUGACGGGGGGUGGAAGUGCGGUAAGGAUGAGCUUUUAUUGUGGCGGGGGGUGGAAGUGCGGUAAGGAUGAGCUUUUAUUGUGGCGGGGGGUAGAAGUGCGGUAAGGAUGAGCUUUUAUUGUGGCGGGGGGUGGAAGUGCGGUAAGGAUGAGCUUUAUUGUGACGGGGGUGGAAGUGAGGUAAGGAUGAGCUUUUAUUGUGGCGGGGGGUGGAAGUGAGGUAAGGAUGAGCUUUUAUUGUGGCGUGGGGUGGAAGUGAGGUAAGGAUGAGCUUUUAUUGUGGCGUGGGGUGGAAGUGAGGUAAGGAUGAGCUUUUAUUGUGACGGGGGGUGGAAAUGAGGCGGGGGGUGGAAGUGAGGUAAGGAUGAGCUUUUAUUGUGACGGGGGGUGGAAAUGAGGUAAGGAUGAGCUUUUAUUGUGGCGGGGGGUGGAAGUGAGGGACUAUGAAAAUGUUUAAAUAUCGCACAGAGAGAAAUCCAAAAAGUGAACUGAAAGGUUUUUUAAGGAGAAGUUAACGUUUAUAACGAUGUUGUUAUUAAAGUUUCAAACAGGAAGUAGAGAAUGAUCGUCUUCCUGUUGUGGCUGCAGAACGCACAGUUUUUCGUACGCUGUUCGACACUUUUUUAUCUUUAAAGAUUUAUUUUUAUGACUGUAUUAAAGACACGGGACGGACUCUGACCCGGGCCGCCCACCAGGACUACAGCCUCCGUACAUGGAGUGUGCAAACUAACCACUAGGCCACUGGCUCCCUGAUUAUUCUAGUCACCAUAGUAACAUAAAGACAAACUGGUUUAGGACACUGGGAUGUUUGGUGCUUCUUGAUUAAUGAAAGUGUCUCAGAAUGUUUCUAGAACAUCUCUAACUUUCUCUUUUCUACAUUUAGAGACGGAGGAAUGUUUGUUUUUUACAAUGAGAGAUUCUUUUUGACAAACGAUGUCUGAUGUUUGUAACAAACCAUGAAAAGAUUAAAGCGAUGAUGUAAUCGCUCUGUAAUAAAGUCUUGAUAAACAUUU